AUGCAGUUUUUGUGUUUUGAUAUGUAUUUUUCCUUUGAGGACAACUGUUUGUCUCUUGGAUUGUUUGAUGAUCAGAUUCACGUAAUCACGAGAAGCCGAGACUUCAAAGAGUGGACUGAUCAAGUCAAAGAAAAUGAAACUUAUUCUCUUUACAAUGGAGAGCCGGUUGUUAAUGAUGGACCCUUCAAAGUUUGUGCAAACCCACUCAAACUUCUAUUCAAUAUUGGAGGGACUACCAUGACAAAUGUGUCGUUUCCCGAAAUACCGCUUCACAAAUACAGCUUUCAACCUAUCGAAAACUUUCUCAAAGGAAGCAUCAAGCAUGAUAUGUUAUACGAUGUCAUAGGUGUUUUACAAGAUGUGCUUCGGACGCAAGUGGGAGGAGGUGGUAGGAAGUCCUGCGCCAAUAUCACUUUGUGUGAUAUCGAAGGAAAUGUUAUAGAGGUUGUCUUAUGGGGUGAUUACUGCAAGCAAUUCUUGAGCUACAAUACCCCUGGAAAAAUUGUUGGCCCUACUAUUAUCAUCUUGACACAUGCGUGGUGCAAGCCAAACACAGUUUCUGGUCUACCAAUGCUCUCUAAUGCAUGGAACGGUUCACGACUUCACAUAAACUUGGAACAUCCACAAGUGGAAGAAUUCAGAGCUAGCUUUGGAGAAAAUGAAUUAUCCAAUGCUCCUGAUCUUUCCCUGUCCUUAACCUUUGAUUCAUCCCUUCAAUCCGCUAACAACAAUUGGAAGAGCCUCGACGAGGUCAAAAGCAUCCGUGAUAUCGCUGCGUUAGGAAAGGAUUCUUUUGCAACCACUAUUGGUACUACCAGAUAUUUCAAAGCUUCAAGGUUUGGAUGGUUUUUUGAGUCAUGCCCUGGCUGCAAGCAAUCUAACAAGUCACUCGGCGAGAAGUUUGAAUGUUCGUGUGGAAUUACCAAUGUAGAACCUGUGACUAAAUUCAAACUUGAGGUUGAGGUUGAAUAUGAUAAUCACAUGGGUACAUUUGUUUUUUGGGACAAGCAUGUUAUUCCUUACACGAAAUUGACUGCUAAGGAACUGAAACAAGUUAUGAAGGAUGCGGGAGAGAACAAUCCUAAGAUUUGGCCUGCACACCUCGAUGUUCUGUUGAAUAAAGAUUUGGUCUUCCGUAUCAAGUAUCAAUCUGGUUUCGAGCAAUUCUCUAUCGUAGCAAUACUUAACGAGGACAAUCUUUACAACAUAUUUGACAACUACCUCAAACCUAAUGAGCUAACCUCAAAUGCUGCUGGUAAGGAAAUUGAAACCCCUGGUCAUGCUGAGGACCCAACCCAAACUAAUGGAACACCAUCUUCUGAACCAACACAAUCUGCUCCCAUGUCGGUUGCUGCAAACAAUUCUGGGAGCCCAUCUGCGAGCUCCAGCACGACUCCUGCCAAGAGGGUUGCUGCAUCAACCUCUAUUAAUGAUCUCAUGUUGUCUCAAGAACUUACACCUAAGCAAUCGACCACUAAAGCCAAGCCUGUCAAGAAGACUAAGCAUAUAAAGAAGGAGUAA